AUGGAUGAAAUUGGAAACAAAAUCACUGAGUUGUUUAAUGGCCAAGCCCUAUUGUACAAGGUCAUGUAUCUUUGGAUACCUUCUUUAUCUCUCAAGUGUGCCAUUGAUCUUGAAAUACCAGACAUAAUCCACAAGCAUGGCCAACCCCUCCCUCUUUCUCAGUUGGUGUCAGCUCUCAAUAUUCCACCCUCUAAAGCCACCUUUGUGAAAGGGCUCAUGCGCUUGCUGGCCCUCAAUGGCAUCUUCACUAUCAUCAAAAGCAGCAACAAUGAAGAAGAAGAGAGUGAUGAAGCAUAUGAUCUCACUUCUGCAUCACAGCUUCUUGUGAAUGACACAGACCAUUGUUUAUCUCCAAUGGUUGGGCUGGCAGUAAAGCCACCAAUGAUUGAAUUGUAUCAUCACUUGAAGAAAUGGGCUCGUCGAGAGGAAAACACACUGGACGAGGCAAUAUUUGGUGUAAGGCCUUAUGACUUGAUGAAGCAAAAGCCAGAAGAUUUUGCAUUUAUGCAAGAAGCAAUGGCUAGUGAUUCUAGAUUCAUGAAACUGGCACUGACCAAAAACUUAGAAUCUGUUUUUGAUGGAUUGGGUUCUAUUGUUGAUGUUGGUGGUGGAGAUGGGACCACUGCUAAGACUAUUUGUGAAGCGUUCCCAAAGUUGAAAUGCAUAGUACUUGAUCUUCCUGAGGUUGUUUCAAACUUAUCUGGAACCACCAAUUUAAGUUUUGUUGGUGGAAACAUGCUCAAUUUCAUUCCCCAUGCUGAUGCAGUUUUGAUUAAGUGGGUCUUACUUGACUGGGGUGAUGAUGAUAUCAUAAAGAUACUUAAAAAUGCCAAGGACGCUAUCUCAAGCAAAGGAAAUGAAGGAAAAGUGAUCGUCAUAGAUAUGGUGUUGGAUGAAAAGCAUGACCAGCAUGAAUGGCUAGAAACAAAGCUCUUGCUCAAUCUAAUUUUGACGGCUCAGCUUAAUUCAAAAGCAAGAUCUGAAAAAGAAUGGAAGCAACUAUUCCUGAGGGCAGGCUUCAAGGAUUACAAGAUAUUUCCUAUAUUUGGCCUUAGGUCUCUUAUUAUGCUUUAUCCUUAA